GCUCUAUCUGCGCAUUUAGACUUUGGACGAUGUCGCUGCAAACCAAAGGUUUAUUUAUAAUUGGAGCGAAGAGAACACCUUUCUGCAAACAUGGUGGUCUUCUACGAGAGCUACCAGCUUCUUACGCUUUCGCUGCUGCGGCAAAAGAUGCUAUCAAUUCAGCCAAUUUAGAUCCAAUGUUAAUUGAUCAUACUAUAAUUGGAAAUGUUAAUUUUCUGAGCCAGUGCGAUGGCGGAAAGACCCCUCGUUACAGCGGCACAUAUUCCGGAGUAUCUUUGGAUAAACCAGCUUUGGGCGUGAACAAAGCAUGUGCCAGUGGGAUACAGGCUGUGAUUACUAGCAGUGUCGAAAUGCUAACAGGUGGUGCAAAGAUGAUCUUAACUGGAGGAACAGAAAACAUGUCCGCUUUGCCACUCCUAGUACGUAAUGUUCGCUUCGGAACAACUUUUGGUGCUAAAUACUUUCUGGAAGACCAUGUUAAGAAAGAAGUCAUGGACAGUUUCACGGGAAAAAGCUUUCAUAAAAUGGUUGAAGAUAACGCGAAAAAGUAUGGAGUCACCAGAGAAGACGCGGAUGAAUUUGCGUGUCAAAGUUACUCGAAGUGGAAAACCGCUGAAAAAGCCAAAAUCUUCGAUAACGAGUUAACCGCUUUAACGGUUACUAUUAAAAACAAGGAGAUUUUAGUGGAUAAAGAUGAACUAAUCCAACAAAGCUUAUCUACCGAACAACUCAAGCCGUUGCCGGCGAUAUUGGAGCAAGGAAGCGUCCUUACCACUGGAAACUGCUAUGCGCCAGCUGACGGUGCGUCAGCAAUACUUCUCGCCAAUGAAGAGUCCCUCAAGGGGCACAACUUGCAACCACUUGUUAGAGUGUCGGGCUGGGCGACAGUCGGCGUCAACCCUGAGGACUUUGAUCUGGGAGCUGUGGGAGCCGUGAGACGAUUACUACACGGCCAAGGAUUGAAAGUAGAGAAUGUGGAUUUAUUUGAGAUAAACGAAACCUUUGCAUCGCAAGCAUUAAUCAUAUUGCGUGAACUUAAGCUAGACCCAAGUAAGGUGAACGUGAGUGGCGGGGUCAUCGCAGUGGGACACCCCGUUGCAGCAACAGGGGCGAGAAUGAUCACGCAUCUGGUGCAUCAAUUGAGACACCGCAAUUUGAAGCGAGCCAUCGCAGCAUCAAGCAGUGGAGGAGGCCAAGGUGUUGCCAUUAUGAUUGAAAACGUAUAACAUAUAAAUAAACGUACGAACUCAUAAACGUUUUUUUUUAUAAUACUAAGCGACGGGACGAACACGUCGUGCGCAUGGUGGUAAGCGACACGCCUGUCCAUAACAGUUGCAGUGCCACU